GUUGAAGCGGUGCAAGAAGGUCCCAGUCACUCUGCAACUUGCCCGCCGCCGAACACUUGUACAGCCAUGGCAACUUCCACCGCCCCUAUUGCCAUCCCCAGCGAUAUUCACCCAUUUGCGUCUAACGUGAGUCCGCGUGGUGUAGAUCUUGAAGGACGUCUGGAUCUGUCUCUCGAUGCGCUGAUCAAGGAGCGCAGGAAGGAACACAAGCUGCUAAAGAAGGAGGAGGCCAAGAAACUCAAGCAGAAGUCGCAACCCGUAGACAAGAGGAAGACACCCAAACAAAAGUCGCAGCAACAGAAGGUUCCGACUGUGAAGAACGACCAAAAGGCUCAGCGCAAGGCUCUGGUAAACAAGAACCGUGGAUUGCCAACUCUACCACCAACUAAGAAGAGCAACACGGCACAAACCAAAACUAAGACGAGCAUUGCGGCCACCACGGCGAAACUAAGGCGGCAGAUGCGAAUGGAAACGGCAAAGAACCGCCCAGUUGGGGCAGCAAAGGGUACCAAGCAGAGCAACACUGCUCAGCAAUCGAAGAAAAAGAAAAACGCACCACAGCAGACGCGGAAGGUUUCGUCCCCGACGCGCGUCGUGCAGUCGAAGAAUUCCAAGAAAUUGCAGACGUCAAAGGCGCCAAUGAAGACUCCAGUACGGCAGGUGACCCGGACUACCAACAACAAGACCAAGCUGAGCAUCACAAUCACAGGACAGAAGAACUCCCAGAAGAAGCAAAAGGCCGCAACGAAGGUUUUGCUCCCAGGAAAGCUGUCCCAAGCUCUUGCGAAGGAAACGUCUGCAACGAAAAAGCUCGUGAAGCGCGUAAAGAACCGGAAGGCGACCACAGCGAAGACCACUCAGAUUGUACUCAAAGCACCGGCCAAGGGAAAGAAGCACUGAGCUUGCGAACAAGGCACUCUCUAUAAUCUGUUUCUCCUGCAAACAUGAAUAGCAUUUUUGUUUGUCCUAACGCGGAUGUUGUCGACAUCUCCAUGCAGCAUCUUCUCUAUAAGGCUGCACAAACGUAUCUUGAGUACUCACUCUAUUUGGUUCGCCACCGGUAUCACUUUAUUCGAGCUUCAAUCGCCGAAGCACAGUUUCACGGCCGAGCAGUUCAAUCGUAUCACCAAGUCCAGCACCGACAUCCAUGCCCGUCAAGUAGUAACGAAUCGGCAUCAGCACUCUGCACAAUGACACCAUGAUCGCAGGUGAGAUUAGAUAUGAGCACAAUUGGUAGCUAGCUUUUGCAACCUACUUCUUCAACCCCAACUUUCGGCUCUUUGCAACAGCCUUAAUACUCUUUGUAAUGUGAUCCUGCAAAGAAGAACGACGACAAGUAU